AUGCCUUUCUCUCGCAUGAUCACAGGUCAAGCCUCAUACACUGGUCCGAGCUACAACUACGACCCCAAUCUACAUUAUAUCAUAGACGGAUGGCACGAGCAAAAUGUGGACUUCACCGGCUAUGAGCAUACUCGACCUACUCGACUACAGCACAGCACGAGCGACAUUGUGGCAAUCGACAGUCUUCCCACGGUCCGUCGUCCUCCAUUGGGCAUGGACAAGUCUGAAGAAGGAGAGAUGUUCAGCGCUGAUCCCUACGAGUUCUCGGAACUCAUGAACGUCGAGUCGAAUACACUCUCCCCGCUUGACAUAUCGAGUGCUUCAUCGGUUCGAAGUAGCUCACUGUCCGGAGUCGAUCCAAACAUAUGUCCAGCCUACCGAGCAGCUGGCACGAAUGCUACCAACUUUGUCUCCGAAAAGGUGUGCCCUUUACUAUCCGGGGACACUGAUGUGUGCGAUCCAUCACAGUGCGGGCCAGAUGCACCCUGUAUGAACUUCACCAGUUUGCCGGCUAUCGAAGAAUGCGUUCCAGCACCUCGUAUCCGUCCAUCAGACCUUGCUCAAGGUCCGCAUUUGCGGUCACCACUUCGGACAUUCUUUCGCCUGCGACGGCCCAUAUCGGUUGAUCGGAGACGUGAUCCAGCGCCAAUAUCUGUCAGCGGUGAAGACUCGAAGCCUGCACCCUCACACCGGCCGGCGGCUAAACGCGACCCAUCUGCGCCUGGGAAGACAGUUUCACGAACAGACAAAAAGCAGCGAGCAAAGCAAGCCCAUUCGCUCGUGGAGAAGAAGUAUCGCGAAAAUCUCAACACCAAGCUCCAACUACUACACACCACCAUCCAGAAUGCCCAGUACCGUCCGAAUCGGCUCAACAAUGCAACGAACGAUGAUUCGGACAUUGAUUCCGCCGACGAUGAAGACUAUGUAGGCCACGACAUCAGACCGCGAGCAAAGAAGGCACCGAGUAGCGAUAGCGGCUACCCUACACCAACCAAGUUCAAGAAAAGUGAGGUGCUAGAUGACGCUAUGAAUUAUAUCAAUCAGUCGGAGGUGGAGAUGCGCCAUAUGCAGGCUGAGUUGACACGUCUGAAAGAGCAUGUGCGGACACUGGAGCGGACAGUGAAAAUGACAGGUCAUCAUGAAGACUGCUCGCUGUCGAGGACGUGGAUUGGGCCAGGUGCACAGCAGGGCGGCUGA